AUGAACAUGGGAGGAUGGGAGGAUGGGAAGAACAGAGGGAGCUACCAGAAGCCGUCCGUCCAGGCAGCUGCGCCUAAGCCGACAGCGGCCACAGUGAAGCAGGUUAGCGGAGGGAAACGCAAGGCCGGAGAAUCUGGGGUAGAGGGUCAAUCAAAGAGGAACAAAAAACAGGGAAAUAAUGGCCAUGAACGUCUGGAUCUGACGAGUAUGCCGUUGGAUAUUCUUUUUGAGAUAUUUGCUCGAGUCAAUCUCGCGGAUCUCCUCACCCUUGCGCGCACGUCAAAUGAAUUGCGGAAGACUCUAAUGGGCCGGUCAUCUGUGACCGUUUGGACACGCGUUCGCGCAACCAUGCCUGGACUCCCCGAAUGCCCAGACGACUUGAGUGAGCCACAAUAUGCGGAACUGCUCACCGGAAAUCAGUGCAACGGUUGUGGAAAGGUUGAAACUCAAGUUCGCGUCAUUUGGGCCAUUCGUGUUAAAUACUGCUACGAAUGUCUGCAUAAAUCUUUUAAGCAUACUCUUGUGGGGGAGUAUUCUCAGGAGUUAAAGGACUUGGUUCCCAUCGUCAUGCUAACACCAAAGAAAAACCCGCCGUGUCAUCCAUUACAGGGCCGACAAAGUGGGGCUGCUAACGAUGAGUUAGGGAAAAAAUUCGACUUAACCUUUAAAACCAUAAAGGAGAGAAACACUUGGGAGAAGGCUAUAGUUAUGGAACAGAGGGCCAGAAACGCUCAUGGUGACGCGUGCGCUAUGUGGGCCGCAUACAACAAGUUUCGCACCCACCAAGCGCUAACUAUGGCUGAUCGUCAAGCGCUUAUUAUCAAAUAUGUCCGGCACAUUGGCUGGGCUGAAGAAUACGCCAGGAUACCAAGCAUCCUUGCUCAGCCACAAUACACUGAAACAUGCCUCAUUGCAUGCCAGACGGCGACAUUUAACGCCAAAACGCUCCUUAACCUUAAGACUCAUCUCAAGGAGGUCAUGAAAUAUCACAAAGCGAUGCGCAUUGCUAAAGAGAAAGCAGAGGUAUAUAAACAACGUCUCGCUUUCCUGAUGACUGCCUAUGCUUCCUUCGUCAACGCCCUUCCAUACAAAGCAGUCUACCCGAGCACUUUGGAGAUCUACCAAUUCUCAUCCGUCAAACGACUCAUCAAGGACACACCCACUACCUCAGAAUUCACAAAGGACACUGUUUUAUGUGCUCUCAACUUCAACGAAAUACUCAACAACUGGAAGAACAAAGUCAGGAACCAGCUCGUUGACCUCAUCAGGCGCUCUCGCAGAGACCAGUUCGAAGAAGCCACAGUCCUCGAUCUCGCCACAACCUUCUACCAGUGCACUAACUGCUCGCAUGACGACGACAUGCGAUAUGGUCUCCACUACAUAGAUGCUAUGACACACAAGUGUGCCAAGUCCACCAAGCACAACUCGACUGUUGACAAUUUAGACGCGGAGGCGAUAGCGCUGAAGUGCCGGCUGAACGAGCAAGUCUGGAAUGCAAAUCACGUAAUUGUGUUUGACGAACGCGCACGCAUAAUCAUGACGGAGGUCGUCAAGGCGUGUGGAUUAGACCCGAUGACGACUACCGCGAAGGAGAUGCAGGCGCUCGACCCUAUUAUUGAGUGCCUUGAAUGCAACCACAAGUCAAAAGGUAGAGCGGUGAUGAGAUGGUCAUUCGUGCCUGCCCACCAUCACACCAGCUUAAAGCGCGGCAAAUAUAAAUCCCUUGAAGGCAAGGUACCUAGGUUUGUUGUUGUCAAAGGCAAAGAUGCCGACCGCGCCAGGUCACGAAUGAAUGAACAAUAUGAGCGCACUAAAGCACAACUCGCAGGUUCAAGAGAGACGAUGUCACGGUUGUAA